AUGGCGUGGUGUAUCGUGAUCGCCAGCCUGAUCGGGGCCUCAGGCGCCGCCGGCUUUGCUUCUGCGGGCGAUUUCCAGCUGAUGCAGAUUUCGAAGAUUGCUCAGACAGUGUCGAGGGACGAAAGAGGGAGGGAGUUCUACACUCACGCCAACGUGCGCGUCUACCCGUCGGCGGCCGAUCCUCAUCGACGUGACCAGGCGCCGAUUCGUAAAUGGAUUUUCGCGCUGAACAGCAGUGCUACGGAUCAGGUUUUGGAAACAUUCAUCGCGGAGCCGGAGUUCCAGGGCAGUGGGAGGCAUACCCAACCAGAUAUGGGCGCGCUGGCAUUCGCGUUUGGGGAUUUGACAGAAGACGGUCUUCAGGCAGUGCUGGAAAGGAACUCUGAGGUCGUGAAGUAUGCCGAGGAGGACGAGCUUCACAAUUAUAUCUUUGACGCUGCUGACGAGGAGGUCGGGGUUUAUGAUGAAGACAUCGUGAUGGGAGGUGUGGUGCGUCCGCGACAUGCAAUCAUCCAUGGGGAAUCUCCGCCAUCAAUGCCGACGUGGGCCGCCCCCGGGGCAGUGGGGUGA